AUGAAAAAUGAUAUUAUGGAGUGAAAUGAAUUGGAGAUGAUUGAUUUGAGACAUUAAUCAACUGGGAUGAAAUUAAAUGAAAUGAAAUGGAAUGAAAUAUAAUCUCCGUAAAAUGGUGGUCAUUGACUAAGAUUUUUUCAGUUGACUUUUUGGAGGAUCCCGAGAAGUUACGUCCAAAAUUCAAUUCAAAAUUCAAAAUCAUUUAUUUCAACUUGGAUGUCAUCAAAAACACACUUGUUGAAUGUCAAAAUGUAAAAGAAAAUGUUAACUCUACCACCGGUUCCAAAAAAAGCCACAGUCCUGAGAAGAACCGGCGAAACAAACUCAGCGGGCAUUUUUUUUUUUUUGGAUUUUCUCAAAUAUUUUCUUUUUUUUUUUUAAACAAGAAAACAUAUUUACAGUAUACGAAAAAACAAGCCAAAAAAUACAAUUCAAAUAAAUAAUAAUAAUAAUGAAAAAUGAAAAGGCCAGGAGCGAACGCCUCAUUCCCACGUAGUGCCAUCUAGUAAAAAAUCCUUAACUUUAUAAUAUGCCUUGUUGCACAAACGUUCCUUGACAGUUUUCUUAAAUCUAUGAACAGGUAGUAGUUGAACGUUUUGUGGGAUCUUGUUGAAAAGUUGUACACCCAGCCCCCUGAAAGAGUUGCUUAUUUUCUUAAUUCGAGCCGCCGGCAACGCAAGCCUAUGUUUGUUCCUAGUGUUCACAUUAUGCAAAUCGCAGACUCUGGGGAAUCCUACAAUGUUUUUACGCACGUACAAUAAAUUUUCAAAGCGGUCCAGCGGCUUUGUUUCAUUUUCCCACAUUUGUGCACUUUCACAGAUAUUAAACAGUUAAUAAACCACCAUUAUUACACAUUUAAACCUGAAGAAACACUAAAUAGACAAAAUAAAACAAAUCACACAACUUCACUCCUCGCGUUCCCGCCAAAAAGUCAAAAAAAGAGUGUUGACUGACUGUUGAACUCAUAGAUUAAAGUGCAAGUAGAAAUAUUAGUACAUGGUGAAUUGUUGUAAUUCACAACACGAUUUUGAAUUCUUUUUUAGAAAAGUUAUGGAAAAGUUUUAAAUCGUAACUAGCCUCACAAUUAGCAAAUAAUUGUUAUCGCUCAUAUUUUAAUAUGUGAAUAUUUUACUUUUCGAACAACGACGGCGCGACGGCGAUUGUUAUGUAGGCUUAAGACUACGGUAGUGUUCUGUGGAUACGCUUGUUGAAUGUAAACAAUGAUACAUACAUAGGUACCGUACCUACCUACUCAAAAUCUACGAGUUCUCUGCUGAAAUGAGUCAUUAACGUGCGAAACACGUUCCGUAUAUUGUUUGUAAUAUCGGUUAGUGGUUGGGUGUCAAGGAGUGAUGCGCAGCGAGCCUCGUACAUCAGAGCUUAUCUCAUCGUAGGCGUUGCUAGUGUAAGCAUCGCGUUCAAACAUUUUGUAUGGAUGUAACGUACGAACCAUAAAGACUGCCUAAGUAUGACAUACCCUAAUCAACCUCGGCUACCCCAGUCCAUGGGCUCUUCCAACACUAUGUUUGUAACUGAAGUAAGAUUUGAUCCAUCAUACGCUAAAACGGUACCGGGAGUAAUAAAAAUAAUCAUUAUAAUAUUCAGUUUGAUUGCCUUCAUCUGCAUUCAAGCUUCGUCUUUCUGGUCAAAUGGACGUGGAGUCUACUUCAAUGUUAUAGCACAAUUUGGUAUCUGGUAUUCAGUUGGCAUCCUUUUCUGCUAUCUAUUUCACAUAGUAGAAAAAUACCACAAUUGGAAAUGGUUACGGAUUGAAAUGAUAGCUGAUGUUGCAUUUGUGUUCCUUUACCUUACAACUUCAACAAUUGUUGUGGCUUUUGGAUCUGCUGCAUACUCAGCAGCUGGGUUUUUCGGCUACCUGACUAUGGUGCUUUUCGGGAGCGACGCCUUUAUAAAGUUCAACGCGAUAAAGGCAGGCGAACUGGCCCAGGGACGUAAGGUCGUGGCCAAAGAGGCUCACACUCACAUCGCCACACCACCGGCCAUGCCGUGAGACCCUGUACCGAUCAAUAUCGAUAUAAUUAUUGUUUUAAGACUUAAAUGUGCAUACCAUUAGUACCUAAAAUAUGUACCACCAAAUAUUGAUCACAAUUUUCAUAGUUCAAACACUUUUACGGCUCAAUCGCCAGUCAGGCGUCUGUCGCCGUGAAAAAUUAUAAUAUUUAUUGGAAACAUUGGAAAUUGUUGAAAAACAAAAUGAAAAGGCGAGAUUAAAUUGUAAUAUCUUGAAGAUGAUUUGUAAAAUGAAUUAAAGCCUUUCAGUAUUUAAACUAUUCGUUCGAAAAAAGUUCUAAAACAACGACGUUGGCAAAAUUCCGAAUUGUGACGUCAUUCGUUGCCAAAUGAAAUUACUGUAGUGGAAAACACGUUGAUUCGCGUCUAUUGUUUCCGUGAAUGUCAUAGAAACAACACUGGAACGGUUCUCUUCACCUUGGGAACGGGGAGCAAUGUGCUUAAUACGAGUUUUUUAACUUCUCAAUCGUGUAAGAGUUAACUCAAAUUUGUAUGGAGUUGGAACAGCGGUAGUGGCAAACAUAAGCAAACGAUCCAACUCCAUACAAAUUUUAGUUAACUUUUACGCUAUCGAGAACGUUAAAACAAUCGCACUAAGCACACUGUUUUACGUUCUCAUCGUCAACUGACAUCUAUUAAUAAUUUGUAAUUAAAGCCGGAACCACUCACCGCGCCGUUAACUAAAUAAUCUAAGAACGAUCAACGCAACCACUGAUUGUAUUCCUACGGUACCAGCGCGGUAGUUGAAUGUAACCUGUGACGUCACCCGCCCCCACUCACGUGUUAAUGCAAUUUUCAUCAUCCACAGCACUAACAUUGUGUACCUACCUACCGACGCUUAACAACGUUUCGCUCACAAACUGAAGUCAUAUCUGAUUGCGGUUUAUUCAAAUGAUUGGAAGUCUAUUACAAUUUACAAUUAAAUACGGUUAUUUGUACAAUUGCUACGGCAGGAGCGGCUUGCUUCUGACCUUGACAAUGUUGAUGUCCAAGAGCGAAAGUAAGCACCUGCCGCGAGCCGUUAGCGAUGUAGGCAGGACGCCACCUGAAGCUUGACUGAUACUCGCGGCGUAUCUUUAGAAACUAAGUUAUUAACACAUUUAGGUCUCGUUAAAAUUUUGUCAAGUUUAUGAUAAAUGAUUAAAUAGAUAAUUUUACUUCGGUGCUAUGACUUAUUUAUGUGGAUGCCAUUAUAUUUUUAAUUUUUUCAUUCGUAAUUUACACCUGAAACUACGUUGCCAAACAUCAGAAUGUGAUUCGUUAAUAUAAUGCUCACGAAAAUUCAAAUUUACUAAAUUUUAUUUAGAUUAAAUGGCAAAUACCAAGUAGAAAGCGUGCGACAGUUGGCGCCAAGCCACCCCCACGGGAGGAGGGUCGCUGAGUACUAUUGACACAGUUAUAACUGUUACUCGGGAGGUGAUUAUUAAAAAUAGUGAAACCAGUGUUGUAAUUGCUCUGAGGUAAUACGCGUGCCAAAACUUACACGUCCCAAUAUUUUUACGAGUGCUCAUGUAUGAUAAUUUAUCUGUAAUAAUAUAUUGACAUUAUUAGUUGUUUAGUUAUUUAUUUAUUAUCUGUUAGAAAUUUGUGAUUAACAAAACGGCCUUUACUUAUGACGAUGUAAUCAAAGAUUAGUUUUAAACUUUAAGUUUUAAGUAUUAGUUAGUGAGGUAGAAUUAGCUCGAGUGGCGGUGUUUGUGCCGGGAACCGCAAUCCAGAAAGAACUCACCGUCACGUGGACUCGAAUGGCACGGGACCGUCUGAUUUGUCGCUUCUUUGUGAUAUAAUUCUAAGUUUUAUUAUUCUGUAUAUAAUGUUAUAAUAUAAGUUUGAACUUAACAUGUUUCUGAAAUUGUUGAUUAUGUUUAUUAGACUGCACAAAGCACGUUUUGCUGUCGUCUCGACCGCAUCUCUCGCUUCGAGCAAAGGGACUUGGCUUGGGUAUUAUUCUGUUACUAAAAUAAUUAUGUAUUUGUGUAAUAAUAAUGAAUUGUCACAAAUAAUUUGAAAAUAAUCAGUAAUUUGUUACAAGAGCUGCGACCGACGUUCUGUAAUAAUUUAAAGUAAAAUCAGUUAGACGUACCCGCCCUUUCCUAAUUCAUAUCGUCAUUAAAUAUCUUGUAAUAGUGUUAAAGCCGUAUAAAUAACAUUCCAAAUUGUAUAAAAUUAUAUUCUUAAUAAAGCACGUUGCCUAUC